AUGCUUGUCUUUCUGUACACACUGAUUUUCCAUCAGUUUAAUGCAAAGGCAGAAAACAGUCUUUGCCAAAUAAUGGGCGAUCCUAAGUACCCACUGCUAUCCAAGGAUGGAGACAUAACAAUCGGAGGACUUUUUGCAAUCCACAGAGAUGAAACAUUACCUUCAUUUGAGUUUACACAAAAACCUCAUCUUAUAUCAUGCUCCAGUGUGAAUCUUAGAGAUUUCCGAAUGGCUCAAAUCAUGACCUUUGCAAUUGAUGAGAUUAACAGAAGUGAAACUUUGCUUCCCAAUGUUUCUAUUGGCUACAAAAUCUAUGACACCUGUGGAUCAAGACAGUCAUCUAUGAGUGCAACUAUGGCAGUGAUGAAUGGUCAGGAGUUUGCAGCAGGAGACAGAUGCAAUAGACAGUCUCAUAUACAUGCUAUCAUAGGAGAUACAGAGUCUUCCACUACAGUCAUUUUGUCCAGAACCACAGGACCUUUUAAAAUUCCAGUGAUAAGUCCCUUAGCCACAUGCGAAUGUCUUAGUAAUAGGAAUGAUUUCCCCUCUUUUUUUCGGACUAUUGCUAGCGAUUAUCACCAGAGCAGAGCACUUGCACACUUAGUCAAACACUUUGGCUGGACUUGGGUUGGAGCUGUGAACAGUGAUAAUGAUUAUGGAAACAAUGGAAUGGCUAAAUUUUUGCAGACAGCACAGGAGGAGGGGAUUUGUGUAGAGUACUCUGUGAAAUUUUACAGAACUGAGUCUGAAAAAAUAAAGAAAGUUGUAAACAUCAUAAAACAUAGCACUGCAAGAGUCAUUGUUACCUUUAUUUCAUUUCUGGAUAUGGGAUUUCUAAUAGAGCAGUUAAAUAAUCAAAAUAUUACAGGCUUCCAAAUGAUUGGUGCAGAAGCUUGGAUAACUGCUAAAAAUUAUAUCACUCCAAAUACUUUUCAUGUGCUGGGAGGAGCACUGGGGUUUGCAGUAAGAAAAAUCAAUGUUGAAGGGUUCGGAGAUUAUGUUAUAAAAUCAUUCUGGGAAACAGCUUUUCCAUGCUCACACAACAAUGGAAAUUCUUCUCCAGCUGAAUUAAAUUGCAGAAGAUAUCAGGAUCUAUUUGUGUUAAACAAUUUCAACGAAGAUGUGCCUGAACAAAGAUAUUCAAGCAAUGUCUACAAAGCAGUGUAUGCUGUGGCUCAUGCACUACACAGUCUACUGAAGUGCAAAGAAAAAGAAGGGUGCGAAAAAGGCCUGACAAUACAACCACAGCAGGUGGUUGAGGCUCUCAAAAAUGUCAGUUUUACAGUUAAAUUUGGAGAUCAUGUGUGGUUUAACAGCACUGGUGAAGCAGUACCCCAGUAUGAAGUUGUGAACUGGCAACAAGACUCAAAUGGAUCAAUCCAGUUUAAAGCAGUGGGUUACUAUGAUGCCUCACUGCCCCCUGACCAGCGAUUUGUACUUAACCCGGAAAACAUACUCUGGGCUGGAGGAGAGCUGGAGAGGCCCAAGUCUGUGUGCAGUGAGAGUUGUCCUCCAGGCACUAGGAAGGCUGCACAGAAAGGAAGACCUGUCUGCUGUUAUGACUGUAUUACAUGUGCAGAUGGAGAAAUCAGUAAUGAGACAGAUUCAAAUAACUGCCAGCAGUGUCCAGGGGAAUACUGGUCUAAUACUGAGAACACUGAAUGUGUGUUAAAGGCUGUAGAGUUUCUGUCAUUCACAGAAGUUAUGGGUAUAGUGUUAGUCUUUUUCUCUCUGUUUGGAGUAGGAUUAACUGUACUGGUGGCAAUCCUGUUUUACAGUAAGAAGGACACUCCCAUAGUAAAAGCCAACAACUCAGAGCUGAGCUUCCUGUUGCUCUUCUCAUUGACUUUGUGUUUUCUCUGUUCACUUACUUUCAUUGGUCGCCCCACUGAGUGGUCCUGUAUGUUGCGUCACACAGUGUUUGGGAUCACUUUUGUCCUCUGUAUCUCCUGUGUUCUGGGGAAAACACUAGUGGUGUUAAUGGCAUUCAAGGCCACACUUCCAGGAAGUAAUGUCAUGAAAUGGUUUGGGCCUGUACAACAGAGACUCAGUGUUUUUGCCUUUACACUUAUACAAGUUCUUAUCUGUGUGCUUUGGCUAACAAUAUCUCCUCCCUUCCCAUAUAAAAAUAUUAAAUAUUAUAAGGAGAAGAUCAUUCUUGAAUGCAGUCUGGGCUCUACUGUUGGUUUCUGGGCAGUGUUGGGUUAUAUUGGCCUACUGGCUCUCUUGUGUUUCAUUCUGGCUUUUCUGGCUCGGACGCUUCCUGAUAACUUCAAUGAAGCUAAAUUCAUCACAUUCAGUAUGCUCAUAUUUUGUGCUGUAUGGAUCACAUUUAUCCCAUCAUAUGUCAGCUCUCCUGGAAAAUUUACUGUAGCUGUGGAGAUUUUUGCCAUUUUAGCUUCAAGCUUUGGUUUACUAUUCUGCAUAUUUGCACCUAAAUGUUAUAUCAUUUUGUUUAGGCCUAAACUAAAUACAAAGCGAAAUGUAAUGGCGAGAACACAAACUAACUAA